UACAUCCAUGCCAUGCAUUUAUUAUGGUUCCCACACCACUAGGGUUGUCAAGUUCCGUCGCACAGGGGAAAGUUCACGGUCAGAUGAAGAUGCCAUUUCAGGAGAGCAUGAAGUCCAAAUUGAGGGUGUCCAGACGCAGUUAGAGGCCGUGGAACUGGAAGAUGGAGGGAUGGUGCCAAAGGAGUUUGCAAACCCAACUGAUGAUACGUUUAUGGUGGAAGAUGCGGUGGAAGCCAUCGGAUUUGGCAGGUUCCAGUGGAAACUCUCCAUCCUGACAGGCUUAGCAUGGAUGGCUGAUGCCAUGGAAAUGAUGAUUCUGAGCAUCCUUGCACCUCAGCUUCACUGUGAGUGGCGAUUACCCACCUGGCAGGUUGCAUUGCUAACCUCGGUGGUGUUCAUGGGAAUGAUGUUCAGUUCCACACUCUGGGGAAACAUUUCAGACCAGUAUGGCAGAAAAACAGGGUUAAAGAUCAGUGUGCUCUGGACCUUAUACUAUGGUAUUCUUAGCGGCUUUGCACCCGUUUACAGCUGGAUCCUGGUGCUGAGGGGGCUGGUGGGCUUUGGCAUCGGAGGAGUCCCUCAGUCGGUGACGCUGUAUGCAGAAUUCCUCCCAAUGAAAUCUAGAGCAAAAUGUAUUUUGUUAAUUGAGGUCUUCUGGGCCAUUGGGACAGUCUUUGAGGUUCUCCUGGCGUUGUUCGUGAUGCCCACCCUGGGUUGGCGCUGGCUGCUCAUCAUUUCGGCGGCCCCCCUUCUGCUCUUUGCCAUCUUGUGUUUCUGGUUACCAGAAAGUGCACGAUACGAUGUGUUAUCUGGGAAUCAGGAGAAAGCCUUUGCCACUUUGAAGCGGAUAGCGACUGAGAACGGAGCUCCGAUGCCUCUGGGGAAACUGAUCAUCUCCAGGCAGGAAGACAGAGGGAAGAUGAGGGACCUCUUCACCCCUCAGUUUAGAUGGACAACGAUCCUGCUUUGGUUUAUAUGGUUCUCCAAUGCCUUUUCUUAUUACGGCUUAGUUUUACUAACCACGGAGCUCUUUCAAGCAGGAGACCUCUGCAGCUUAUCCACCAAGAGAAAAGCAGUGAAGGCCAAGUGCAACCUGGCAUGUGAAUACCUGACUGAAAAGGACUACAUCGACCUGCUGUGGACCACUCUCUCCGAGUUCCCAGGUGUUCUAGUGACCUUAUGGGUUAUUGAUCGGAUUGGGCGUAAGAAGACAAUGGCCCUCUGCUUCUUUGUCUUUGCGUUUUGCAGCCUCCUACUCUUUCUCUGCGUUGGAAGGAAAGUUCUCACUGUGUUAUUGUUCAUUGCAAGGGCUUUUAUUUCGGGAGGAUUUCAAGCUGCCUAUGUUUACACCCCUGAGGUUUACCCCACGGCCACUCGUGCUCUGGGUCUCGGGGCCUGUAGCGGGGUAGCCAGAGUCGGCGCACUCAUCACACCAUUUAUUGCUCAGGUGAUGCUGGAGUCCUCUGUCUAUUUGACGCUGAUCGUCUACAGCGGCUGCUGCAUCCUGGCUGCUCUCGCUUCUUGCUUGCUGCCCAUCGAAACCAAAGGCCGCGGCCUGCAGGAGUCCACCCACAGGGAAUGGGGGCAGGAGAUGUUUGGGCGCGGAGUCCCACACUCAAACUCUGGGUCUCAGGGGUGAUAACGUGACACGCUGGCCCAGCCACAAGGUUGUCCAAGGAGUUUCCACCUCUCCAGCUCUGGCACCCGAGAAGCAGAAUGUCUUGUCACCGCCGUGUGUGUCCAAAAGCAAGAACGCUCCACCUGUGUCCUGGGCACCUUUUUUCGCUCGCACCCAUCACUGUCCACUUGUGCAAGGAGAGGUAUUAAAUAUGGAGAGUGAACGUGUGGGAGAGUGUUUCGGGGGAGGAAUGUGAUGCAGCCAGGGAGGAAGAGAAAUGGGAGCCUUUGCCAAACUGUCUGCCCCUUCGUGUGGUUGAUGACAAACAAGCUUAGUUUCUUGACGCCAAGUGCAUCGCUCCAUGCCAAGCAGGCAGAUCGAUGGACAGGAAUUGGCUCUGCACAAAUGCCCUCGAUGCCAGGAAGUGGGCUCGCAGAUCUGUGCCCCAGAUCCCAGUGCCGCCCUCCAUCAGUCUCAUGCACUUGUGAAUUAAUCACUUGCCUUGCACUCCCAUCAAAACGACCACCAGCCUUUGAGAGCCUCUUUGCCAGAGAGGUUCUGAGUCUUAAAGGGCAGCUGGGAACUUCUGCAAAUGCUGCGCUGAGAGCUCUUCUACUAACAACAAAGAAACAAAGAAACCCACCCCUUUGCUUGCCCUAGAGGUGAAGUCUGCAAACAGGGCCAUGGGAUGUUGUGCGCAAGCAGUCCUGGUCACCUCAUGGCAGUGCAGAAAGGGGCAGCUGAAGGACCAAAAGGAUGUUCCUAAGAGGAACAUUUAAGCAUCUGAGGCUUUUUCGUUUAGAAACAUGGCAACUUGAGGGGAGGACAGGAGAGAGGUCUAUGAGAUUAUGGGUGGCCUGGAUAAAUUCAAUAGUGAAAAGCUUUUCUCAUAAUAUUGGAACUCAGGAUCAUCCAAAGAAACUGGGGGCAGCAGAUUCAGCACAAAGGAAAUUCAUUCCUUAAUUUAAAGACUUCAUUGAUUUAUGGGUUAUAUGGCUUCUGGCAAAUUCAUGGAAGAAGCUAUUUGUCCUGAUAACCUCAUAGAACCUCCAGUUUCAGGGGCAGUCUAUGCCAAAACAAUUAGCUGGGGUGAACAAGAGCAGUGGAGAGGCUGUUGGCUUCAAGGCAAGUUUGUGGGCUUCCCAGAGGAAUCUGGCUGGCCCCUGUGGAACAAAGGAACGCUGGACUAGACAGAUCUUUCCGUUCACCCAUCAGAACAGGAAGCAGAAUUUCAUUUUCUUGGGGUUCAUUUCCCUGUCAGUAAAGCCAGUGAGAACCUGCUAUUGUGAUUCCAGGUGUGUAUGUGUGUGUGCAUUCAGAAAUGCAUGCUGUGGCUCUCUCCGUUGGGUCCCAGCCCCUGUGACACUUCGCUGGGGCUGUUUCUGCUGUUGUUUGGUCAGUUGGAGUGAUCCAAGGGUUGACAUGGAAAGUCAAGAAGCCUGUGCAUGAUGGGGAUGGAGUUUGGCCUCUAUGCUUAAUCCCUUAUGUCUUGGAAUUUUGAACUAUGAAAAAAGUAGGAGUCCUUGCUCUCUAAUAAAUGGGUUCCUCGGCCCAAUUCAUUCAUACUCCAAGAUUUAGAAAAGUCCCAAAAUGAACAGGGCUGGAAACACAUUGAAUAAAACUACCCUGUAAGGAGAAGCAGGUACAAAUAAGAGCCCUGCUGAAUUGGGCAAAUGCCCAUUCAGCCCAGCAUCCUGCUUCUGUCAGUGGGCAGCCCAUAACUGCUAGGAAGCAGGACAUGAAGGCAACAGCUCUCCCUGCUGUUUCCCCUCCCUGCCUGAUGUUGCAGAGGUAAACUGCCUCCAGACAAGGUGGUUCCAUUUAGUUGUCAUCCAUAGCCAUUGAUAAGUGUAUCCCAUGUGAAUUUGUAGGUGCUUAUUUGCAUGUGAAAAGGGCUGUUAAGGAUUGCGAGGAACAUCCACUGACAUCGGGGUCCCUUCCAACUCUACAAUUCUAUGAUCAGAUGGACUUCAAGAGGUAGAAUCCAUGAAGAUGGUCUGCAUUUGUGCAACUGUGCCGUGUCUGUUUCGGGUGGGUGGUUCUAAUCCUACUAAUGGAGUUUUUUUUUUAAAGUCCAAGAGGACUUGUAGGAUGGAAAUACAUUGUGCAGCUUUCCCUUUCCCUGCUGCUGCCAACCUCAAGCCCUUGACCCACAUCUGGUCCCAGAGGCCUUUUGAUCUGGGGCUUCUCAUUUGGGAGAGAGUUCCCCCCCAACACACAUUAAAAGCUUUGUAGCCUAGAGCCAGUGUGUGGCCCUUUAACUGCCUGCCUCAGGCAGGACAUAUGAAAUCAUGGUGGCUGCUGAAUUCAAAAUAUCUGUAUGACAAAACCAACCUUCUUUGAAUUAGGUAUGCUUGUGAUUCGGUUCCUAUGGAAAAGAAUACAUGCAACUUGCUGUGCAACUGUCACAAAUUUUGUUUAACAGAGAUGGCCAUCGAAAUGGGGGUUGUUCAGUUUGAAUCUAUAAGAUUUCACUUGGGUAGCUGAAACCAAGAUUUAAUUUAGUAAAAGCUCUUGACUCUUUUGGAAAUCUGUGUUGUUGUCUUUUCUGGAAAACAGAUUCUCUAUAUAAAAUCUGGCAUUGAUGCUUUAGGCCUACAAACUCCUGGAAACCAUUAAAAAAUAAAAAAUCACCAAUGUAAAAAUAUCACUUGGAACUGAACUUAAUUGUGUGUUCAGAGUUCUAUUGGUUGUCCAGUUUGUUGAUGUGCAAAGCUAUUGUGGGGGAAAAGUGAUUCUUUCCAUAAUCUGUGAUGAAUGGUCUUUGUGUAUUGCUCAGUGAUUCCUCGAUUUGGAGUGUGGGGAGAACACUUGAAUGUCUCUACUGCAUUAUGUACAGUUUCUAAACUAGGUGUGCAUUCAUGUUGAAAAUAAGACUUC